AUGGCGGAAGAUGUGGUCUAUCAUAUGUUCGAAGCCAACAUGGACGAGUACCUCGACGAAGAGAUCGAGCUUGUCAAGCAAUGUUUCGAGAUGACUUGUCGACAGUGGGAUGAGCAGCUAUCCAAACAAGCACCAGUAACGGCGACUACCCCAGACCAUGCCCGCUUUCUGGGGUCACACAACCCUGCACAGGUCAAGCGCACGGUGCUCGCUUCAUUUACGGAUGUUCUACUUCGUCCAGUAACCAUUGUGCCCCGUACCGUAGGCAAAGCCGUCGGUGCCGCAUUUACUUCAGGGAGCAGCGCAGCAGUACAGGGUAUCGCUAUGCUUAACCCUCAGCGCUGGGGGACGGGAGUGGGAGUGGGCGGUCUUGGCCAAGGAGGUCCGGGGGCAUUCGGUAGACUUGGGUCGUGGGGUGUGAACGAGAGGAACGGUUAUGCGACGGAUUUUGCGAGAACCGGCGAUGGCACAUUAUUCGACGUCGCUGACGAGGAGGAGGAAGUGCCGAAUGAAAAGGUCGAAAAGAAAGACAAGGAUAGCGAGAGGACGACACGAUCGUCAAUUUCCUCUUCCACGACUGUCGACAUUCCCAGCACGGCGCCCACCUCUGCGCCAUCCACCCGGGCCGGGACACCUAGCACGAGCAACAGUGCGGCUGCUUUCGACCAACUUGAUCUUCUCCUUUCUUUAGACAUUGCGCUGGAGCUCAUUCACGCCAACAGAGAAUCCCUGAAGCGUGCAGAGACAUUUUCCGGUUAUCCCGGACAGUUCGGACAUCGCGUGCGGGAUACGAUAGAGGAACUCUUCGUUUUAUUGCUCCAGGCGUUGGGCGAGAGGCACAUCCGUCCUGGAUUUGACAGAGCAACAGAGCAGAUGAAGACAUAUCAACCCACCACGGAUACCCGUAAUGUUGCGCCUCUGUUGCAGUUCUUCGAGCUCGUCCAUAUCGGCGACACUAUGCAGUCGAUGGUGCAAGUUUACUUCGACAAAGAAUUGUCUCCUCACAUAGACCGGACGGAUUUCUUGAAUCCUGUGGUUCGAGAGAAGAAACGUUUCGAGGACGUCCUAGACGAUUGCGUCGCUGCCGGCUUAAACGCUGGUACCGAUGCGUUAAUGAACCAGGUCGAGUACAUCAUCCUGACACUGACAAAACCUCGGGAAUAUUACCCUGCGGAAGAUGCCCCACUCGAGCUCGGUCCUACUCGGGGAUGUACAGAGGCUAUCCAAUGCUUGCAGACGCAUUGUCAGUUGCUGAAAGGAAGCACUAACAAGGAGGUACUUGAGGUUUUCUACCAGGAGAUAGGGAUUCGUUUAAUUGCUAUUCUGCAGAAGCAUAUCAAGCGACAGAUCAUCUCUCUGAACGGCGGCUUCCAAGUGAUCUCUGACCUCAAUGCUUACUACACGUUCGUCUCGUCGCUCAAGGUGCCAAGUAUGGUGGCUGAGUUCUCGUAUCUCAAAAUGUUGGGCCAUGUCUAUGUGGUUGACGACGCCAAAGAUCUUGCACAGAUUGUGCGAGACGUGACACGUUAUGGCGGUGCAUACAAGCCAGAGGACGUCUACGAGUUCAUUCAACGACGGGCGGACUGGAAGAAAAUUGAGAAGACAGUCGAUAAAGCAAUGUAUAAUCUCAGUUUCAAGGAGGACUGUGUCGUGUGUUGA